CUUUGAGUCGAGUUACUAUCACGUGAUUAUGUAGACGAUCUCAAAAAUGUGUCCACUAAGGGAUGUCCAUGUUUUUCAUACAAUAAUCGUUUGGAAAGCAAUAGUAGGGCAAUUCGUUUAUUAUUCGGUAUAUCAUCUUGGUAAAGUUAUGGAUUUUGAUGAAAAUUUUAGUAAGCCAAAAUAUACCGAUCCAGGAUUUGUUGGAAUAAAAUUUUGUCAGGAAUGCGCUAAUAUGUUGUAUCCAAAAGAGGAUAAAGUCACCCAAACACUCCUAUAUGCUUGCCGAAAUUGUGAAUAUCAGGAACCGGCUGACAAUCCAUGUAUAUAUGUUAAUAAAAUUGAACACGAAGUCGACGAAUUAACUCAAAUUAUUGCCGAUGUUAUCUAUGAUCCAACUUUACCCCGAACUGAAGAUCAUCCCUGCCCACAAUGUGGUCACAAAGAAGCUGUCUUUUUCCAAUCUCAAACUAGAAGAGCUGAGGAAGGAAUGAAACUUUAUUAUGUAUGCACUCAACCAAGCUGUUCUCAUAGAUGGACUGAAUAGUCCGGAUGUCCUUUAAACGCAUUUUUAUUGUACAUUAUGUUAAAGAUCUUUAAUCAUAUCUUUUAUUAAGACUUUAAUAUAUUAAAAAACGAUAGAAAAAUUGAUUCUUAAAUAGAACUAUAACUAUUCAUCUUUUGUUUAUUAAUAAUAAGGAAAAAAGAUGAAUGGAAUAUAUUCAUUAUAGUAAAUCAUAUUUUUGUUUUGUAUCAAAAAAUUACUC